CGAUUUUGGUCCUGACUAGUACUGUGGGAGAAAGUUGUUUGAAGAGCAUUGACCGCCGAGUUGUGCCGAAUUCCGAUAUCAAAGUUGUCAAGAUGUUCUGCAAAAAUGGUGUGAGGCUAUUAGGAAACCUGCAGAGGACGUCAGUCUUGAGCUGCGUGGCCCGGAAUCAGGUCGCCCUAAGAGGCAUCAGAUCGUCCACAGUCGUUCGGGACUCGUUCAAAGUCCAGGACAUGGAUGACUUUAAGGACAAAGUUCUCAACAGCGAGGUGCCUGUGGUUGUUGACUUCUUCGCUACGUGGUGCGGCCCUUGCAGAAUGCUUACGCCCAGGAUUGAAACUGUGAUUGCGGAAAAGAAGGGCAAAGUUAACCUAGCCAAAGUUGACAUUGAUGAGCUCACAGAUCUCGCUUUUGAGUAUGAUGUCACGUCAGUACCUGUCCUCAUCUCCAUGAAAGGGGGAAAGGAAACGGAAAGAAUGAUUGGUCUUCAAGAUGCAGAUAAAUUAAGGUCAUUUGUGUCUCGGCUCAGUCCUGAGAAAAAGUAAAACGUGUAUUUUAACUUAUUUGUUAAGUAAGCCCAAUUUGCAAUGAUUCUACAUUUGAAGGCAUUUUUGUAGUUUUCCCAGAAUGAUGAAUUGAGUAGAAAUAAAAACCUGUAAGUUACAUUAAAUUUUUA